AUGGCCGAGGGCGUCGGGUGCUGCGCCUGCGCCGAGCAGCCCACGCACUCGCCAGGGUCUUCGGCCGCCGCCCAGGCGCAGUGCGGGGAGCAGGCCUGGGCGCCGUCCUCCCACCGAACCGGGAGCGAUCGUGCACGAGACGAGUGGGGCACGUGCGAGUGGACGUCACCCAUGCCAGCGUUGGAGGCAGCAACCGAGCAAGGCAUACGUGGGCAUUGGCAGCGGGCAUUGUGGUCGCCGACUGAGCCACUGGAAGCGAGGUGGGACAGCACACCCACCAAGUACGCUUACAGCAGCCCGUGCAAGAAAGGCCAGCAGCGCAAGGUAUUGUGUGCUCAUUGCCGUUAG